UCGAAGGGUUAGGUGUAAUUCGUGCAGAUGUGGCAGACUACCGUCAAGAACACGUUUUAUUUUCCGCGAUACUCGCAUAAUACUGUAACCUUUGAUGGUCGGUCGGUUGGCAUAUGUCUACAUGUGUUCUCGAAGAAGUUGAGCCUCGAGGGAAACACAAAUUAUGACAGUGAACGAGCAGACCAAGUCGUCGUUGGAGAAAAAUAGCAACAUGCAGCUGUUGAGUUUGCUGGCUGCUGUGCUCGUUAUUUUUAUAACUUUAGUUUUGUUCACACUCUGGCGUAGAAGAAGAUCCAUAGGCCGCAGUAUCCUCCUAACGGGUCUUAGUGACAGUGGGAAAACAUUGAUUUAUGCGCGAUUAAUGCACUCCACAUUCGUCAGGACGUACACAUCUGUUAAAGAAAAUGUAGGAGAUAUGUCAGCUGGUAAGAGUUCUUUAAGAAUUGUGGAUAUUCCUGGUGAUGAGCGACUGCGCAGCAAGUACUUUGAUAAGCACAAGACAUCUGCCAAAGGUCUGGUUUACGUGAUUGAUUCAGUGACCAUCCAGAAAGAAAUCAGAGAUGUGGCCGAAUACUUGUACAACUUGUUGUCGGACGUACAGAGAAACGUUCCAGUUCUUAUAUUAUGCAACAAGCAGGAUCAAACUAUGGCCAAGGGAUGCGCAGUGAUAAGAACAAUGUUGGAGAAGGAGCUGAAUCUGCUGCGAAUGACAAAGACUAGUCAAUUGGAAGGCACCGACGCCUCGUCAACGAACGUCUUCCUGGGGAAGCAGGGAAAGGAUUUCGAACUUUCACAUUUAGAUUCGCAAAUCGAUUUCGCAGAAUCGUACGCGUUUAAUAAAGAUCCUCAAGCAUCGGCCGAUAUCAGAGAACUUAACAAAUGGUUACACAAGAUUGCAUAAUAAUAAAUAAGGCUUCUGUUUCAUCCAA